UCAAGAGAAAAAUUACUACCAAAGUUACUAUGGAGCAACAGCAGGUUACAUUGGGUAAUCAAGAUGGUGGGACUGUAUCAGGAACAGCACCUGCCUUUUUUGUCAUCUUGAAACAGCAGCAAGGGAGUAAUAAAACUGAUCAAGGCAUUUUAGUAGCAAACCGGGAUGCCUGUGCUCUAGCCAGCAGUGUGUCAUCACCAGUAAAAACUAAAGUCAAGACAUGCCUUCCAGCUGAUUGUACAUCAGGGGGCAUCACUGUUACCCUGGAUAACAAUAGCAUGUGGAAUGAGUUCUAUCAUCGAAGCACAGAAAUGAUUUUGACGAAGCAGGGAAGACGCAUGUUUCCUUACUGUCGCUAUUGGAUAACUGGCUUGAAUUCAAAUUUGAAGUACCUCCUUGUAAUGGACAUCACUCCUGUGGACAACCACCGCUAUAAAUGGAAUGGCCGCUGGUGGGAGCCCAGUGGUAAGGCAGAACCUCACGUCCUGGGGAGGGUAUUCAUUCAUCCAGAAUCUCCUUCCACAGGACAUUACUGGAUGCACCAGCCAGUGUCUUUCUAUAAACUGAAACUUACCAACAACACACUGGAUCCUGAAGGACACAUUAUCUUACACUCUAUGCAUCGUUAUCUGCCUCGACUCCACGUGGUACCUGCAGAAAAGAAUUCAGAUUUUGUACGGCUAACUGGCCCUGGUGUCCGUACCUUUACCUUCCCACAGACUGAAUUCUUUGCAGUGACAGCUUAUCAGAACAUCCAAAUUACCCAGUUAAAAAUAGAUUACAACCCAUUUGCCAAAGGGUUUCGGGAUGAUGGAUUGAACAGCAAACCUCAACGAGAUGUGAGACAAAAGAAUAGUUCAGACCAGGAAGGGAGUAGUGUUCCCAGUUCUCCUGGUUAUCGGGGCCAUCUUACUGAAAGUGAUGGAUCAGAAAUACAGCAAAGUGUCCCAGAUCCUGAACUGAGUGGUCAUGAACCAUCAGAGGUGGACUUGGAGAAGGCAUCUUUUAAUGCAGAACGAGAUUUCCUUGGUUUUCUAGAUUCUGGGUUGACUCCUGAUGAGAUUCCACAGCUAAAGCAGGAAGCUUCCGAAAGUCCUAUUGCCAGCAGCUUUGAAGACAACUCUCAUGUAACAUCACCAUUAAAUCCAAAUGAAAACUUUAAUGUGGUCAUUAAAGAAGAACCUCUAGAUGAAUAUGAUUAUGAACUUGGCAUGUGCCCUGAGGGAGUUACAGUAAAGCAGGAAGACACUGAUGAAGAAACUGAUGUGUAUUCAAACAGUGAUGAUGAGCCCAUCCUGGAGAAACAGUUGAGGAGGCAUGGAGAAAUAGAUGACCCAGAAGUUGACCAUUCUGCCAAACGGCCACUCAGUAGCCCAUCAGGUGUUGCUAAAGCCAAAAUGUUAAAAUUGGACAGUGGCAAGAUGCCAGUGGUCUAUCUAGAACCCUGUGCUGUAACUAAAAGCACAGUAAAGAUCUCCGAGCUACCUGAAAAUAUGUUUUCUCAGAGUCGGAAAGAGAAAUCUCCUGUAUUGACUGAAUUAGACUUUUUGCCUGCAUACAUGGAGAAUUCCAGGAAAUCCAGCUUUUGUUUGCCUAGAGAAAUCGAGAAAGAACUUAGGAAACAGCCCUUAGAACUCAGAGCACCACAGAAAUACUCCUCUCUUAAAGAAUCUGAAUGGAAAUAUCCUGAUUUGGAUGACAACAUUAGCAUAUCAAAAACACUUAGCAAUAAUCCUAAAAGCUUAGAUGGAGAUUUUUUUUCAGAAAAAGAUGACUUGGGCAGAAAGAGAACAACUAUAUUAAAAAUUACAGGGGCUCCAAAAGCAUCUAGCACUACUCAGAAUAUCACUUCAAAUGUUCCAGGAAAAAGAGGAAGGCCCAGAAAAUUUAAACUCUCCAAGGCAGGUAGACCACCUAAAAGUACAGGAAAAUCUGUAACAGCCAAUAAAACUACCCCAGUGGGAUCUGGGAACACCUUUCCAGAUGUGAAGCCUGAUCUUGAAGAUGUAGAUGGUGUCCUUUUUGUUUCCUUUGCAUCAAAGGAAGCUCUGGACAUUCACACAGUUGAUAGAGCAGUUGAUGAACCCACCAGUCUUCAGGAUUCUGCCACAAGUGAUCCAGGUCAUAGAGCAAGGAUUUGUCAGCUGGAACAGGAGUUGUUAGAAGAUUUGAAGUCCUUAAGGCACAAACAAGUGAUCCAUCCUGGUCUUCAAGAAGUGGGUUUAAAACUGAACUCAGUGGAUCCAACAAUGAGUAUUGACCUUCAGUACUUGGGGGUACAGCUGCCUCUGGCUCCUGCUACUAGCUUUCCUCUCUGGAACCUUGGAGGAACUAAUCCUGGCUCUCCAGAUACUGGAUUACCUUUUGUUUCCAGGACAGGGAAGACCAAUGAUUUCACUAAGAUCAAAGGUUGGAGAGGAAAAUUUCAUAAUGCUUCUUCCUCUAAGAAUGAAGGUAGCAGUUCAGAAAGUUCCCUGAAGAAUCGCUCUGCCUUUUGUAGUGACAAACUUGAUGAAUAUUUAGAAAAUGAAGGCAAGCUAAUGGAAACAAGCAUGGGCUUUUCUUCAAAUGCCCCCACAUCACCUGUGGUUUAUCAGCUUCCAACUAAGAGCACUAGCUAUGUACGAACAUUAGAUAGUGUCCUAAAGAAGCAAUCUACUGUUACCCCAUCUACAUCUUACACUUUGAAGCCUCAUCCUGUAACCUCUGUCUCUCGUAAGACCAAGUCUCUCAACAGACAAGCGGUUUCCAGUGGCCGAACCAAAUCAUCUUUUAAACCCAUUUUGCCAUCUCCUGUUUCACCAAAGCAAAAAUCAUCUCAUUCAGUUCCAGGAGAUAAAGCCACCAAGGCUUCCCCAAAUAGCAUGUCAGAAAGUCAGGGGGAAAACUUAACUGUACCAGCUACAGAUGAAAAUGUAUUGCCAAAGCAGAUCAAUCUUAGGCAGGCACAUCACCAACAGCACCCAGCAACUCGCCCUCCAGGAUUAUCUAAAACUCAGGUGAAGCUGAUGGACUUGGAAGAUUGUGCCCUGUGGGAAGGGAAACCAAGAACAUACAUUACCGAGGAGAGAGCAGAUGUGUCUUUAACAACUUUGCUUACAGCUCAAGCAUCUCUCAAAACUAAACCCAUCCACAAAAUCAUCAAGAAACGAGCUCCCCCCUGCAACAAUGACUUCUGCCGACUGGGCUGUAUAUGUGCUAGUCUAGCCUUGGAGAAACGCCAACCUGCCCAUUGUCGCCGGCCUGACUGUAUGUUUGGCUGCACUUGUUUAAAAAGAAAAGUUGUGCUUGUUAAAGGAAGAUCCAAGAAAAAGCGCUUCCUGAGGAAGACUGCUCGAAGAGACUCGAUAUUUUCUGGUCCUGUUGGGGAGCAGAAAAAGGAGGGAGGGAAAGAUGUGACCAGGGAAGAAGAUCGGUUGAAAGAAAAAAAGAGAAGAAAGAAGGUGGAAUAUACUAUCUGUGAUACGGAACCAGAACAGCCCAUUCGUCAUUAUCCAUUAUGGGUAAAAGUAGAAGGCGAGGUAGAUCCUGAGCCAGUUUAUAUUCCCACACCUUCUGUUGUUGAGCCAGUGAAACCAACAGUUUCGCCUCACCCAGAGAUUUUGCCUACCAGCAGCAAGAACAAACUUACCAAUGGAGUUAAACCAGUGCGUGUGUAUACUCCCAAACCCAAUCCUGUGAUUCGAGAAGAAGACAAAGAUCCAGUGUACUUGUACUUUGAGAGCAUGAUGACUUGUGCUAGAGUCCGAGUAUAUGAACGCAAACUAGAAGAAGGGGAGCAACCAUCACCAUUGAGGCAACAAAAUUCAUGCCAAUCUAGUACUAAGAAUUGUAGUUCUAAGGAACAUGACUCUGAACAUCAAUCCAUGAAGCAGAAUACUUAUGACAUGGAGAAGGAUACCGAUAAAUCAGGAGAAAAAAGCUGGAGGUCCUCCUGCAAUGAAGGGGAAUCAUCUUCUACCUCCUACAUGCAUCAGACUUCCCCUGGUGGGCCCACCAAACUGAUAGAGAUCAUCUCAGAUUGUAAUUGGGAGGAAGAUCGAAACAAAAUCUUGAGCAUUUUGUCUCAGCAUAUCAAUAGCAACAUGCCACCACAGUCCCUCAAGGUGGGCAGCUUCAUUAUUGAAUUGGCUUCUCAGAGAAAGAGUCGAGGUGAAAAGAACCCUCCCAUUUAUUCUUCUCGGGUGAAAAUAUCCAUGCCAUCAUGCCAAGAUCAGGAUGAUACAGCUGAAAACUCUGACUCAGAGACUCCUGAUGGUUCACCAUUACACAGAAAAAUGGAUGAUACCACCUUUGAACAGACAAAUGCGCUAGAAGCACUGAGGGAAAAAUUGCAUGGAGGCAAAGCUCUGCCUUUCUAUGCUGGACUUUCUCCUGCAGGGAAGCUAGUGGCCUAUAAACAGAAACCCAGUUCAAAGACAUCAGGACUAAUAGAGGUAGCAUCCAAUGCCAAGGUGGCUGCAUCCAGGAUACCACGCACCCAGGUGCCUUCGCCAUCCAUUUCCCAAACGAUGUCCUCCAGCACUACGACAACCUCCACGAUGACGACUCUGAAGGCAUUUGUUCCGGCACAGAGGCCAAUUGCAGUUCGACCCUCUCCUGGUGGUGUGUUCACACAGUUUGUGAUGAGUAAAGUUGGAGCCCUGCAGCAGAAGAUACCUGGCGUUAGCACACCCCAACCCCUAACAGGGCCACAGAAGUUCAGUAUCAGGCCUUCUCCAGUAAUGGUCGUCACACCUGUGGUUUCUUCCAAGCCAUCUCAGGUGUGCAACCUUGUGACGGAACCAGUCACUACCACCACCCCUCAAGUAUCUUUAGAAAGUAUUACUACUGUGACAUCUCCUGUGACUGCUGUUUCCAGCUUGGGAACUAAAGAAACUACUACUCCUUCUGGCUCCACCUCUUCAGGGACUCUUGAGAUCUCUGAAACUAGCAUCAGCACCCCUAUUACACCCACCCUGCCUUCAACCACUGUGAACGUUACCAAAGCUACUGGGAUAGCUGCCCCUAUAACUACCAUUGCUUUACCUAAAUCUGUAGUAUCUUCACCAACCAUCACUCUUCCUGUUGCUUCCACUGCCUCCACCUCUGUAGUCAUAGUGACCACAGCUGCAUCUUCUUCCGUGGUGACCACACCAACUUCAUCUCUUGGCUCUGUUCCUAUUAUACUCUCGGGAAUUAAUGCAAGUCCACCAGUGAGCCAGAGACCAGAAAAUGCUCCUCAGAUUCCAGUGGCUACCUCUCCAGUCUCUCCUAGCCCAGAAAAGCGUGCUGGACCUCGACUUCUCUUGAUCCCUGUUCAACAAGGCUCUCCUGGUCUUCGACCCCUCCAAAACAUGCAACUUGUUCAGGGUCAGAGGAUGCUUCUGCAGCCUGUCAGGAGCCCUAGUGGAAUGAACCUCUUCAGACACCCCAAUGGUCAGAUUGUCCAGCUUGUUCCUUUGCAGCAAGUGCGGGGUUCUAGUACACAGCCCAACUUACAGCCUGUUAUGCUUCGGAACCCAGGUUCUGCAGUAGGAAUUCGCUUACCUGCACCUUCCAAACCACCUGAAACACCACCUUCUUCUGCCUCCCCUUCAACUUUCCCAACCAUAAGUCCUAUGAUUCAGACUGUUGGCUCUUCUCCACCUAUGAAUUUAAUUACUCAGGCAUCAUCUGUGCUUUCAACUGUGCCUAGUUUUGUUUCUCAAGCUGGUACUUUGACCUUGAGGAUAUCCCCUCCUGGAGCAGGCAGCUUUGCAAGUCAAACAGGCUCAGAAUCCAAAAUAACUUACAGUUCAGGUGGGCAACCAGUUGGCACAGCUAGUCUCAUUCCUCUCCAGUCUGGUAGUUUUGCUUUGCUACAGCUUCCAGGUCAGAAGCCAGUUCCCAAUUCAAUUAUUCAGCAUGUUGCUUCACUGCAGAUGAAGAGAGAGUCUCAAAAUCUAGAUCAGAAAGAGGAAACAAAUUCUUUGAAGCAGCAUAAUCAUAAGAAGGCAUUAUUACAUUCAUUAGAGGGAGAUGUUACAGAGACUGAGGCACCUUUGACUGAUACAGUAAAGCAAGAGCAAACUGCUACUGCCUCUGAAGUAGCCCCAAAAGAUCUCCAAGAAGGUGGGGGUAGUCCUGCAAAUAAAGGACAAGAGGAUAUUCCUGCUGAUGUCAUAUCCUCAGACCACUCCUACAUCAGUGGAUCACGGACAAAUGAAGGCAAUAAAGAGGUUAAUGAAGAGAAAGAGAAUUGUAAUAGUAGCCAUUCAGAAGAAAAAGUGAAUGAGAUUCCAGAAGAUAAGCAAAAUCACCAAGAAGUCAAUAAUAAAGCAGUUCAAACAACUAAUGAUGUACAGCUGAAAAAUUCUAGUGUUCAGGGAGAAACAUCUCAGCUAGGAAGUGUAAAUGAGGAGCAGGAAGAUAUAAAGAACCCAGAGGUAAAACUGAUGAACAGUGAAUUUUCAGAUAGCUUGAAGGAAGACAAAUCCAGGAGCAAAGUGGGACAGGAAGAGGUGACAGAACAGCCUGAAGCAAAGAAGGAUUGUGGGACUUCUAUAGAGAAAAGAAGUACUAUUAGAGAGAAUCAAGAAAAUCACCUAAGGGAGAAUUUGAUCCAGAAAUGCGAUGGUAUUUCAAGAGAACAUAUGCAAGCUGGAGAGGAGCAUAUGACUGAAGGACCUGGGACAAGUCAGGAAAACUCUAAUGUUCUUGAUCAAAAGCAAGGCUCUUCUGAUUUACUGGAGGAAAAUGAACUUACUAAGAACACCAGAAGUUUUAAUGUUGAAUGUGAUACUUGGAACAAGAUUCCUAAUUCUGCACCAUUAUCUGUUCCUCAAGUGGUUGAUAGAGCUCAAAAAGAAGAUAAAGUUAUUCAAAGUCAUUUGCUUCUACCUGGAGAGCAAAUACAACAUCUAAAACAAAGGAAGAAAAGUGGGAGAACUGUUGUUGACCUCCCUGUAUCAGAUGUGGAAGAGGAAGAGGAAGAGGAGGAGGAAGAGGAGAAAACUGAUGAUUCUGCUGAUGAUAUGGUUGAUGGCAUCUCUGACUACCAUAGCGAAGAAGUUGAAGAAGUCGAAAAGAAUAACUCUAUGGAUUAUACUGAAGAAGAGGAGCAAAUAGACAUUGAGACUGUUGAGGAAUAUUCAGAAAAAAUUAAUAUUGCUCGCUUAAAAGCCACAGCUGCUCACAUACGUUCUCCUAAGCAACCGGGCCAUAGCCAUGUUCUUCUGGAAGAGAGAGCACCUGAAAAGAGUCGAAAGGACUCUCAAAUUCCUGUAAAACUGAAGCCUGAAUUCUGGAAUGAAAAACUACAAAAAGAAGCAGAAGCUUUUGCUUAUUACCGCCGAACUCACACUGCUAAUGAGCGACGUCGGCGUGGUGAAAUGCGGGAUCUCUUUGAGAAACUGAAGAUAACAUUGGGAUUGCUUCAUUCUUCUAAGGUCUCCAAAAGCCUCAUUCUCACAAGAGCCUUUGGAGAGAUCCAAGGACUAACAGACCAGGCGGACAAGUUGAUAGGGCAGAAAAACCUCUUAACUCGAAAACGGAAUAAUUUGAUCCGCAAAGUAUCUUCUCUUUCAGGUAAGACAGAAGAAGUUGUCCUGAAGAAGCUGGAAUACAUUUAUGCCAAACAGCAAGCAUUAGAAGCACAAAAGAAAAAGAAGAAGAUGGAUCAGGAUGAGCCUAGUAUGCCACCUCGAGCAGUCAAACAGCAGGAAGGAGCUUCUACCUCUGUAGAGCUGGGGCAAGUAGUCAUGACCAGCAGACGGGGGAAGCCAUUGAUACUCGCCAGGAAAAGAGGACAGUCUACAGAAAAGAUCUCACCUUCUCACACAAUACAUAAUACUGCGAGUCUCGUGAUGACUCCACAAGGGCAAGUACUCACCUUAAAAGGACCUUUAGUCUCAGGACCAAUGGUAACUGUUUCUCCUGCUCUAUUACAAAGUGAACUGAAGCCUCAAGUUACCAACAGUGCUGUGGUGCAGCAAGAAAGUGAUGACUUGUUUAUGAUGCCCAGGAUUGUUAAUGUAACCUCAUUGGCCACAGAUGGAGGUCUUGGCUUAGAUGUGGAUGCCAGCAAACAUCCUCAUGAAGCUCCUCCUGCCAAGACACCUGACCAGACACUAAAAGAAACCAUCAGAAACGAGAAUACAUCUUUUGAAGACCUGACAAGAAUCUCUUCUGGAAACAAUCAUGGAGAUGGGAGAACAGUGCCAAGGCAAGCACAGGAUUUUGUGGAAAACAAAGAUAUUAGUUUUCCACAGAUAGUCAAUGUUUCUAGUGUGCAGGCACCUCUAGAGACCUUCUCCAGAAAAAUUUCUGGAGGAAUUGUGAGUGGGAACCAAUGUAGGAGGAAAGAAACUGAAUUAGGAGGUGAGAGGUUGAAGUUAAAGGAGAUCCCAUUUCGUAAAUUGCAGGUGAAAGAUCUUAAGGAUUCAAAUAUAGAGACAGAGUUGAGAAAAGUGGCUUCUGCCAUUGAAGAAGCAACACUGGACCCUACUGAGCUUCUGUCUAGCAUGGAGGAGGAAGAUGACACAGAUGAGACACUAACCUCAUUGCUCAAUGAGAUUACCUUCCUCAAUCAGCAGUUAAAUGAUGACUCUUCCAGCAUGACUGAGCUCCCCAGCUCUAUAGGUACAGAAUUCCCUAGGUUGGCAAAUGCCCGGCGGGCUGUUGUUAGCAAACUGGCCUCUGGCAACCGAGCCACUUUUCAGCUUGGCACCCUUGGGAGUAGUUUGAAAGAGCUGCCUGAGGUACAGGAAGCCAGUGGUUCAAUCAGUCCCCUUCUCCUGCACCUGGAGGAUGAUGACCUUGCUGAGGGUGAAAGGCAGCCUACAGAAACUGAUGUCCUUAAGAUUGUCAUUGAUCCAGAGAUAAAAGAAUCAUUUCCUUCCCAAAGGAGGGCCAGUGAUACAGGAAAAAUGACUUCCAGCCUCCCAGCUGAGUCUGAAAACAUGUCUUCACCCCCCAUUCUUCAUAUGAAGACUGGUCAAGAGAGUAGCAGCACAGAUACCUUAUGGAGGCCCAUGCCAAAAUUGGCACCACUAGGACUAAAAUUAGCUAAUCCCCCCAGUGAUGUAGAUGGACAGAGUCUCAAAGUGAUGCCUUGCUUGGCACCUAUAGUUGCCAAAGGAGGGCCAGUUGGGCUGAAAACCACAGUACCAGGCCAUAAUGACCAAGAAGGACAGGAAAACAAAGUGAUGCCAACAUUAGCACCUGUGGUGGCUAAAAUGAGUAACUCUGGAUCCUCCUCUAGUUCUUCAGGCAAAUGAGGAGGUUUUGUCUUGAAUUGAAGUGCAAAAGCCUAAGACUGUUAAGGCUGUAAAGGGAAAAAAACUGCCUCCUGCUCACUCUUCUGUA